AUGACUUUACCUACAAUACUUGAGUUUAACAAUAACAACUAUAAAAGAAAUAUUAAUAUGUUGAUUGAGACAAUAUCAUCUCUCCCGCAGUCAUCACAUUUAGCCCUUUCAGCGGACGAAAAGGCGCCAACUUAUCAUGCAGUGAACCAUACCCCAGCACUCUUUGCCAACGGUAAACAAGCCGGGUCAAUCUCCGAGACACGUUCCACAAACGAUCAAACCAGACACUCUUACUAUGGAGCAUCUACUCCUUCACAAGAGGUCUAUCAAUUACCUCCAAUACAAGAUGUCAUCAUGAGUAAUAAUUCUCCUCUCAAAGUGGAAAGUCCAUCUCCCCCCUUCGACAGCUACCGUAAUUUUUCUACUUCUCCAGUCUCUUCCAUCGCAUCUUCCCCAUCACCCAUCGAUGAUGAUGCAGAAGAUACUGAUGCUAACUGUAGUAGUAAUAGUACUGGUAACAAGACUAAACAACAAACACUCAUCAAUGUACGUCGUAAGGGAUCAAUCGCUUCCAUAUUGAAUUCUGACCCGGAGCUUAAAAUGCUUGAUGCAGAAGAUCAUAAAGUCAACUACCAGUCUUUCUAUUCUGGUAACAAAGAUUUUUUACAGCAGCAACGAUCACAUUCAGAAUUGACAAAACCCAUAAAACGCGGUCGACCUCGCUUAGAUCAAUUAGAAUCGAUAGCGCACAGUAAUGAUCUACACAAUUACUUGUUUGCAAAGAAACAAAGAAUUACACCUUCUAUCAUGCCUGAGCCUACUAUGACCAAUUAUUCAAGUGAUAGAAGAACUAUUUACGAAUCAUUAUCUCAUGUACCGCAUUUAUGCGAUUCUCAGCAACAAAGUUUCCAGGAUUGCCUACAGGCCUGUCAAUCCAGCAAUUUUGUUAUUGAAGAUGUUACUCCUGCAACCUGCACUGAUGCAAAAGCAAUAGCGACAACAUUGAAUACAGAUAACGCGCGUUCAACAAAAGGUUUGCGCCAUUUCAGUAAACAAGUGUACGACAAAGUUGCUGAAAAAGGCAUAACAACUUACAAUGAGGUAAUUAAAUUUCUUAUGAUAUUAGCGUUUUUAUUCUUUCACAUGAAAAUUCAGCUGAAUAUUUCAAUCCUUCAGGUCGCUAAUGAGUUGGCGUUAGAGAUACAAAAAAGCGCGAACAAUGAGGACCGUCUGCAUGACCAGAAAAAUAUCCGUCGCCGUGUGUAUGAUGCGUUAAACGUAUUAAUGGCUAUGAACAUUAUUGCCAAAGAUAAGAAGGUUAUCAAAUGGCUUGGUAUACCUACGUUCUUCGGUGAACAACAUCGUUGUGACAAGGUUUCUACAGAUGAAAAAAGCUAUCUUCUGCAUAAAAUCCAGGAGGAAGAGCUUCGUGGAAAAAAAUUGAUGAGUUCUGUUAACAAGCUUCGCUCUACUGUUCAGGGCAAAGUCCAAAAACAUUCAAAGAUUCAAACGCUUAUCAACAGAAACUACUCAAUGAACAAACACCUAUCGUGUACAAAACAAAAAGUUCCACUGCCGUUUUUCAUGAUCGUAUGCCCAACAGAAAAUGAUAAAGAUGUACAAAUCGAAGCUCUAAACAAUACGCGUUCAGCUAUCAUUUCAGCUUCAGUGACGUGCCGAAACAGUAGCAAUGAAGUUUUUCCAAUUUAUGAAGAUACUGAGAUGUUGGACUACCUGCAGACGAAUGAUGAAGUUGUGUCGAACACGAAUAAGUCAACAAAACCAAUUAGCAGUAGUAAUAAUUCGAUCCAUUCGCUUUUACAAACGACGACAUCACCAAUGGCAGCAUACCAUGAGCUGACCUCAGUAUAGCCAAUCCAGAAUACCAAUAGCUUGUCUAUCAUCUCCUUAUUUAGUAGUUCCGGAUACUAAGUAUUACUCAUCAAUACCAUGAACAUGUCACAAUGCACACUUUACUCAGCAUAAGAUAUCCCUAUUUGUUAUACCUUCUUAUUUUUCAUGCAAAAAUACUACAUUCUUUCUUUUUAUUCAUCACUUUUUAUUGAAAAUAUUUUUAAUGCUGUUCGAGUUUAACAGCCAUAACAUCAUAUACAUCCCAUUUAUAACAUUUUUCAUGUCAUACACACACACACAGAUAGAGUAACUUUUUAACACAUCCUCCUUUAUGAACAAUUCUGUUUUCUUUCACUCUUUUCGUUUACUUUCAUGAAUAUUUUAUUC